AUGCUAAGGAACGCCGAUCAUUUAGGCAAAAAUGAUCGGCGUGGUAAGAAGGGCAACAACUGGGCAACCACGCAUCAGUUCUACAUUGGGGAGUGGGACACGAGGUACGAAAGGUUCCAAGCUGCCGAAUACGCCGCACCAAUGUCUUUGGAUAUUCCCAUGAGCCCGAGUUAUAUGGCGUGGUAUAACAGAAUUACAGUGACGUACAUGACUCGGCCUGGGGCACGGGCCACUGCUGGGAUGAAUGAGUCGGCUGCUUCGAUGCGACUAUUUGUUGAGGCUUUUCAGAGGGUUUUCCAUUUAACUACGGAAGACGAAAUGGACCCCCGAGUGCGCCAGAUUCGAGAAAUUGUUAGGACUACCCUCGAAGAUACGAACAACGGUGAUGUCAUGGAGUACCCCGCUUCUCAACAUCAGGAUGUGGUCAUGCCGUACCAAGAAGAAGUAGUUCCACGGCGUCGUGGAGCGCGUGGUGUUCGGACUGGGGGACACGGCUACACAAAGCAGUUUAGGAUGUCUCAGGCGCCUCCCGAUUAUGUAGCACCAGAGGCGCAGUAUCAAGAGCAUGACCCACCCCAGUGGUAUUCACACCCGACGCAUGAGUCUCAGUCGCAGUGGGACCGUCCACUGCAUUCUCCAAGCCAGCCUGAGCCCGAUUGGAAUCGUCGCCCAUAUUCACAAAGCCAAGAUAUUUUGCAAUGGAGUGGGGCCCGAGCGUCGGUCGAUUCAUUCUUCCAGAAUUAUCAGGUCAUGCCUCCUGUACAAGCUGAAGAAGAAGACGAUGAUGAAGAAGAAGAUGACAAUAUUGUCGAGGCACAUGAGGAAGAAGACGUUGUUCAUAGCAUCCAUGGCCAACCUCGUCCAGCUGCGGAGGGUUCAUCACGCAGCGGGGUUGGGAAGCUCGUGAGCAAAGUGUACAAGAGACUAUCUUCGAGGAAGAACAAGGGGAUUGAACCGGCUAAGUACACUCCGUCGUCGUAUAAGUAG